GGGGCGGGGCUUCCGGUUGGGGAGCCAGGGCGGCCUGUCAGCGGCGUAGCAGUUGGUCAGGUUUUCCUGUCGCACGUGGUGGCUACUGUUGGCUUCUGAAUGGUUUGUAAGGCGGAGAUCCACGCCGAAGCCGUUGGAUCGGUCGCGGGUACAUCCGUUUGAGCCGUUUCUGUCUCAGUGCAAAGCGGCGGCCUCCGGCGGCGCCUUUCAGUCAUGGACUACCGGCGACUGCUCAUGAGCAGGGUGGUCCCCGGGCAGUUCGACGACGCGGACUCCUCCGACAGUGAAAACAGAGACUUGAAGACAGUCAAAGAGAAGGAUGACCUUCUGUUUCAAGACCUUCAAGACAAUGUGAAUGAGAAUGGUGAAGGUGAAAUAGAAGAUGAGGAGGAGGAGGGUUAUGAUGAUGACGGUGAUUGGGACUGGGAUGAAGGAGUUGGAAAACUUACCAAGGGUUAUGACUGGAAUGGAGCAAGCAACCCACAGGCAAAUCGACAGACUUCCAACAGCAGUUCAGCCAAAAUGUCUACUCCAGCAGACAAAGUCUUACGGAAAUUUGAGAAUAAAAUUAAUUUAGAUAAGCUAAAUGUUACUGAUUCUGUCAUAAAUAAAGUCACCGAAAAGUCUAGACAAAAGGAAGCAGAUAUGUAUCGCAUCAAAGAUAAGGCAGACAGAGCAACUGUAGAACAGGUGUUGGAUCCCAGAACAAGAAUGAUUUUGUUCAAGAUGUUGACUAGAGGAAUCAUAACAGAGAUAAAUGGCUGCAUUAGCACAGGAAAAGAAGCUAAUGUUUACCAUGCUAGCACAGCAAAUGGAGAGAGCAGAGCAAUCAAAAUUUAUAAAACUUCUAUUUUGGUGUUCAAAGAUCGGGAUAAGUAUGUAAGUGGGGAAUUCAGAUUUCGUCAUGGCUAUUGUAAAGGAAACCCUAGGAAAAUGGUGAAAACUUGGGCAGAAAAAGAAAUGAGGAACUUAAUCAGGCUAAACACAGCAGAGAUACCAUGUCCAGAACCAAUAAUGUUAAGAAGUCAUGUUCUUGUCAUGAGCUUCAUUGGUAAAGAUGACAUGCCUGCACCACUCUUGAAAAAUGUCCAGUUAUCGGAAUCCAAGGCUCGGGAAUUGUACCUGCAGGUCAUUCAAUAUAUGAGAAGAAUGUAUCAGGAUGCCAGACUCGUCCAUGCAGAUCUCAGUGAAUUUAACAUGCUGUACCACGGUGGAGGCGUGUAUGUCAUUGAUGUUUCUCAGUCGGUGGAGCACGACCACCCACAUGCCUUGGAGUUCUUGAGAAAGGACUGUGCCAAUGUCAAUGAUUUCUUUAUGAAGCACAGUGUUGCUGUCAUGACUGUGCGGGAGCUCUUUGAAUUUGUCACAGAUCCAUCUAUUACACAUGAGAACAUGGAUGCUUAUCUCUCAAAGGCCAUGGAAAUAGCAUCUCAAAGGACCAAGGAAGAAAGGUCUAGCCAAGAUCAUGUGGAUGAAGAGGUGUUUAAGCGAGCAUAUAUUCCUAGAACCUUGAAUGAAGUAAAAAAUUAUGAGAGGGAUAUGGACGUAAUUAUGAAAUUGAAGGAGGAGGACAUGGCCAUGAAUGCCCAACAAGACAAUAUUCUAUACCAAACUGUCACAGGAUUGAAGAAAGAUUUGUCAGGAGUUCAGAAGGUCCCUGCACUCCUAGAAAAUCAAGCGGAGGAAAAGACUUGUUCUGAUUCAGAAGAUAUUGGAAGCUCUGAGUGCUCUGACACAGACUCUGAAGAGCAGGGAGAUCAUGCCCACCCCAAGAAAUACACCACUGACCCCGACAUUGAUAAAAAGGAAAGAAAAAAGAUGGUCAAGGAAGCCCAGAGAGAGAAAAGAAAAAACAAAAUUCCUAAACAUGUGAAAAAAAGAAAGGAGAAGACAGCCAAGACGAAAAAAGGCAAAUAGAAUGAGAACUGUGUUAUGUACAGUCAUUUUCAUCAGUUACUUUUCUUGCCUGCAUCUAGGGUAAGGUACUUUUCUUACCCUAAGCUGCAUUAGGGUAAGGUACUUUUCUUACCCUAAGCUGCAUCUGGAAGAUGGCUUAUUGAUUUUAACCAAAUUGUCUUCACGGUACUGUCUGUGAAGACUGAUUCAAAUGUUUUCAUGUAAUUAUGUAAAAAGCUCUAAGCUCUAGAGUCUAGAUCCAGUCACUGACUCUGUCUGGUGUUGACAGAGGAUUUAUUUAAGCUAUUAUUUUAAUGAAGAACCCUGUACAUUUUUAUUUUUAUGUAUUUUCUCCUACAAAAAUGUUUUUGGAAGCGUGAUCAAUAUUUAAAUGUAGACAGCAUCUGUAACUCUUACAUGAGUGUCCAGAGGCAUUCAUGGGAGAAUUGGUUUUGCUUUCUCUAUAUGCACCGGAGACCCACCUGAGGUCAUCUCAUUAGAAGGCCAUGUUUAUAUAAUGGGAAUUUCACUCACA